AUGCCCUCCUAUUUCUACGUUGGCAACUCGGCGAAGCUCAAGCGCCUGCACCGCUGCGCCGCUUCUCUCGUCUACUACUCGUACGAUACGCCCGCCUCUGCCGGCGCGCGGGGAUCCUUUGCGCGCAUGUCUGCGCUCCCGCCAGUUGUGGCGGAGUCCGCCUUCAUCUUUUCGAUUUCUCCCGCUGCGCUCGACAAUGCUAACGUGGAAGUGACGGUCGUCAACGACUCCCCGCGCCCGCUGACGGUUACCGGCCCGAUUUCUGGCGAAAUUCAGGCUACAGAGGGGACGGUCUCAGCUACAGACACGUUGAAUGUGGAUUCGGAGAUCCCCCAGGUGGUGUCGGACUACCUGGUAACUGUGGCCCUGACGCAGAGCAAGAAGCUGCGAGGAACCAUCAUCGUGUCAUCCACGCCCACCAGCAACCCCGAUGGCACCCUGUACACGGCCACAUACAUCAUCUACAAGCCGUUCCCCAUCAGCGACGGCGGUAUCUGCGCCACAGACGCCGACAUUCCCUGCUUCACCUUUUCCUACCAGACCGCCACGUUCUUUGAACCCGCUGCAGAUGCUUCAUCCGCAGCAGGGGCUGAGGGCGGGGAUCUGGGGCAGCAGCAGGCGCCGCCAAGGGCGAUGCUGGAGGCUGGGGGGUCUGCUAGUGAGGGCGUGCAGUAUACUGCUCCGGCUGCCGGCGUUGGUCACAGGAAGCUGGGGCGGGUUUUGAUUGCGGAUAUUGCGUAUCUAAUGGCAAGCGAUCGUGCCCAGCCAGCCAAACCUUUUCAGGCGGUGUGCACGGCGGUGGAGAAGGCGCUCACGCUGCACAGCGGCACGCUCAUGAUGCGCGGGCGUGACUCCAACACGGACCACUUCGUUGUGCGCACGCGCAAGGUCUCACACUCGCACCCGCGCAUGGAGAUAUACCUGAAGGAGAACAACACAAGUGUGCCAGACCUCGUGGCAUAUGGCAACUUCAAGAAGCUUGACUUCAAGGUGUUCAAUCCAAGGCGGGUGGCGGUGGCGGAGGUGAGGAUGGACCCCUUUGGCCCGCGCUCGCACCACUCACUGCUGCUGGACGUGAAGCCACAGAUAGACAUGGCUCUCAUGGUCAUGGUCCUCGUCAUGGUCACUGAAACCAUGAUUCCUCCGCCCUCACCGCCCUCGCCAAACAACGAUUGA